GGCGAGAGAAGGACCGGGGGUUCGCCAGGAAGGGGUGGGGAGAAAAUGGAUUCUCGCCAGCAGCCUCCGGUCCUGCAACUCCACCAUGGUUUCUGGUAACCUGCCUGCCCUGGCGGCUCUGCUCAUGCCUCUCGUCCUCUGGGGCUCCGAAGGUCCCCGGGGGGCCACCCCUCCGGAGACUGGCCAGGCCGCCCAGAAGCAAGCGCCCAUCCAGUCCCUCCAAGCCGUCCUGUUGAGACGCCUGGGCUUGCAGAGACGGCCACGGCCCAAGCCGGGCCUCCCGGUCCCCCAGUACCUGCUGGAUCUGUACCGGUUCCGCUUGGGAAAAUCUCUCUCCUCUUUCCCCGAUUCGGAGUGGCCCUUCCUAGAGGAACGAGCGACGACGGCCAACACUGUGCGCGCCCUCCACCAUGUCGAUCAUUUGGACCACGUCCCCGAAGUAGCAGGAAGUUCCUUCUACUUCCUGUUCAACCUCACUUUGCUUCCUGAAGAGGAGGAGCUGACGGCCCUGGAGCUGCGUCUCUACCGUCCGCGGGAAGAGAAGGGGGGCUUUCAUAUAAGCAUCUACCACGCAAUGGAUCCUCUGUCCGUUUCCGGAAACGAGAGCGGACUCCUCGCCCGCAGGUUCCUGCCUUCCGGCUGGCCCAAAUGGGAGAGUUUCGACGUAACUGCGGCUUUGGAGGAGGCAAAGGGGCGGAACGGCCACCUUAGGAUCCUUGUCCGCGUGGAACACCCGAACGGCAGCCGGGGGCUUUGGCACCAAGCCCCGCUCCGGGCAAAGCGGUCCCCGGGCGAGGAGGAGGCCCAGUGGGCCCUGCAAAGGCCCUUGCUGGUCACUUACAGCCACGAUCGGAGAGGGCAGCCUCUGUCGCGGGGGGAAAGGCAGAGCAAAAGCCGGCCCGGUGGACCGAACCAGAGAGGUGGCGGGAGGACCUCGAAACCCCCAGCGUAUCGGAGCAAGCGGAAGGGCCUGAAGCCGAAGAGCAAGGCCGGCACGAGGUGCAGACGGCACCGCCUCUUCGUGGACUUCAAAGAGGUCGGGUGGAACGACUGGAUCGUCGCCCCCAGCGGCUACCACGCCUUCUACUGCUCCGGGGAGUGCCGGUUCCCGCUGGCCGACCACAUGAACACCUCCAGCCACGCCGUGGUGCAGACCAUGCUGAACUCGAUCAGUCCCAGGGUCCCCCGGGCCUGCUGCGUCCCGACGGAGCUCAGCCCCAUCGCGAUGCUCUACCUGGAUCAGCAUGACAUGGUGGUCCUCAAGACCUACCAGGACAUGGUGGUGGAAGGAUGCGGGUGCCGCUAGAAGCAGCCGAGGGGGGAAUUCUCCCUCGCCACCAAAACUUUGGAGGAGUGUGUGUGUGUGUCACCCAAU